AUGGCGCGCACCCAGCUGAGGGGAAAAGGCGGAGACGCCACGGGUUCUGCUUCCGGGCCGGCAUUUUUCCUGCGUCCGAGGCGGGAAAUGGCGGCGGGCCCAGCCGUGCCGCUGUUGUUGCCUCCGCCGCCGGGGGAGAAGGGCGCUGGGCCGCCGCCCAGCCCGGCCGCCGCCGCCGCCCCGCAGGACGCGCGGGUGCGGUGCUGCUCGCGGCGCGGCCUGGGCGAGCUGAUGGCGCUCUGUAAGCCCUUCGUGCGGGCCCUGGCCCAGGGGCAGCAGGGCGAGUCCGCCGCGGCGGGAGACGCGUUCUGGAACUUCGAAACAGCGAUGCGGGAGAACGUUACCAUUAAUGGGCAACCCUGGGAGGAGACAUCGGGGGAUAACGAUCUGUACAGCGGUUCCAACAUGAAAACCCUUGAUGAUCAGUUUGAGGAGCUAAUAGUGGAGACAACAAGAAAACGUAAGCAGUGGCCUAAGAAGAUACUGAAGCAUGCUGUCCAAAGAUACAAAGCAGAGCAGGAGAUGUUGAAGCUCUACCAACCUUCUGUAGCACCAGAAGACAUAAGACCACAGCUUUCCCAAGAUGCUUACAUCGCAGAUUUGAAGCAGAUGACAGAAAUGGUGUUCAAAGACAUCGGUGGAGCCAUGAAGUCUCUCCCAGCGCUAAUAGAAAGAGCAGAAGGUUUUUCCCAAGUGUUAACUUGGCAGCCCACCCUGGAGCUCUGCAGGCUGCGGCAAGAAGUCUUCUCUGCUUGCAAGUUGAAGCAGGAAAAUAAUGUCCAGAAUUAUGUGGCACCAGCAGAGGUCACACCAACAGGUGCUGAUACCGGGAAAAGUCCUCAUGUGCUGCUAAAAAGGAAAAGGACUGCGAGCUCCCCGGAACGGAGACGCUAUCCGCUGCGGGCGAAGACUGCUCUCAGGACAUGAGUCUCUCAUUCAGCAUCUUCAGUUUGGAGUCUCACUUCAGUGUGCUCAAUGUUUCUUCUUCUUCAGAUUGUCUCUCCUCUCUCAUACAGUGCUACACAUGGGAGCUUCCUUAAUUAUUUAGCCUGUGAUCCUUCUAAAUAUCUGUGGGUUUACUGUCACCCUGAUGGUGUAUGAAAGCCAUGCGUACCAGUAGCACCUACACCCAGCAAGUGAAUUUGCCAGUUAACUCAUUUUAUGCUCUUUUAUUGCAGCAUUUAGCUUGAGUCCUCAUGCUUCUCAGUCAGAGCACGCCCUUGCUGUGUGUGAGCAGUGAGUAAAACCACCGAGUGCUUAUUUAUAUGUCUAAAGAGGCUGGAGAAUGUCUGGUUCUCCUAGGGCACGUUCAUUUUUACUCAGUAGGGUGGCCAGUUUUUAAUCAAUCAGUUUUGAAAGGAAUUUACAUUGGAGCAUCUUGAGAACACCAGCUGGGGAUAUGUUACAGUCUUCAGAAGAUCCACACCCAGAC